AUGGCUCAAGGGACAUUGGCACAACAUCUGUUUGGUUAUAGAGAAAUGGGGGUUUCUCCACUGACUUGGAAACAACGAGUCACAAUAGUGUUAGAUGUUGCCAGAGGGGCUGAAUAUUUGCACAGCUUAGCACAGCAGAGUUUCGUCCAUAGAGAUCUGAAACCUUCUAACGUACUUCUUGGAGAUGAUAUGAGAGCUAAGGUGUCUGAUUUUGGUUUGGUUAAGAAUGCUCCUGAUGGGAAGCAUUCGAUGCAGACAAGGUUGGCCAGAACGUUUGGAUAUUUAGCACUUGAGUAUGCUGCCACCGGAAAAGUGACCACAAAGGUGGAUGUUUUUGCAUUUGGAGUGAUCUUGUUGGAGAUAAUCACGGGAAGGAGAGGAUGUGUAUGGAGAAUGUAA